AUGGCCUUCGCACCUUCACUUCCCUCCCCCUUCUUCCACGUGCGCACCAAGGGCUCGGACGAUCUUCAAGACGCCAGGCCCUGCAGUUGCUUCGAUGCCGCCGCCCGCAGCGAAUACGCCGUUCUGGCCGAGAUAAAUGUGCCCCUAGAUGUUGUGCUUGCCGCCAGCGAGAGACUGGCCAAAUCUCUGAGCCGUGUCCGCCAUUGCAGUCGCUGCUGGUGUGAUGACGAUACGAUAGCCGCCCUGGCCAACACUGCCGCCCGCCUCCUCUGCUUCUACAAAGCCGCGUGCACUGCCUACUGCAUCACUGCAAGCCCACCGCGUUGGUCCCCGUCCGAUACCUUCAGCUAUGCCGCCGUUCAGUGCAGCCCCGCCACCAUGGCCCUCGGACCGCUCACGCUUGAUGCAGCCGAGUCGUGCGUCCUGGCGGGACAGCUACUGACCGAAGGCCUGUACAACCUGCAUGCCGCCCUCGAAGACCUUCAAGCCCUGCUGGACGAUGACACUCACAACAACAUGUCACACCGCCCAAUCUCAUCCACUCGCGCCCGCAGCUUACUGGCCGACCCAAUGGACGGAAUUGCCAGACUCAGCGGCCAGAUGCGAGCAGCAUCUGGACAGCUCUGGAAGCGUUCGCGCUGA